AUGAUACCAAUAAUAGACUUACACAAUAAAUCCCAAGAGGAAUCAAUAAAAGCCGCAGAUGGCUUAUCUACAUAUGGCGUUUUAUUCGUCAGAGUCCCAAAGAGCGAUAAUCUCGAGACAUUCACAGACAUGAUGGAGGACUACUUUGACCAGCCUAUCGAUAAGCUCAAAGCGGAUGAGAGGCCUGAGCACAGCUAUCAAGUUGGAUGUACUGUCGGUAUUGAAAAGGCUAAAUGCUUUUCGACACACGAUGCUUACUGUGUCUCCGUUAUCAAUUCUCUCGAGGAGAGCGAGAGACCGACACCUGUGGAAGCAAACGGCGACGGCAGUGAUUUGAAAUGUCGUUUCUUCCAUAGAAUGUCGACGCCAGAUCCCAACACCCAAUACGCAACUGAUAUGCUCCAGAACAUCACUCCCGCUGACUUCAAAGGCAGGAACUGGGAGGGUGUGAUGAACGAUACUGGAAAGGUGUUUCUCAACGCAAUAGAGCACCUCUCCAUUCUUUUGGCUCAAGGACUAGGUUUGCCACCUGACACGUUCGUAGAUUCGGCCAAGUACGGCAAUCACUUACUUGCGCCAACUGGUUCUGAUCUCAGUAAGUAUGGCUACCUCAACUCAGUCCUGGCCGGGUUCCAUACGGAUUUGAACUUUCUCACUAUACACGGAAAAUCUAGAUUCUCGGGUUUGAGUAUCUGGGCGCGCAACACGGGCAAGAAAAUCCCAGUGUCUAUACCAGACGGCUGUUACCUCGUCCAAGCAGGUAAACAACUAGAACAUUACACUGGCGGGAAGAUUUUGGCCGGAUUCCAUGAGGUUGUUGUUAAUGACAAGACAAUCAGUCAGAUUGAGAAUCACAUGCAGCAACAUCCAGCUCGGCCAUUGAUUCGCGUUUCAAGCACAUUUUUCUACCAUCUCUCUUCUUCGCUUCCUUUGCCCGAGCACCUGCCAAAGUAUCCCGCUAUGAAUGUCGGCGAUUUAGUCAUGAAUGAACUCAAGUCGAUUGGGCUAAGCGAGGAUGCCAAAUGA